CUUGAACUUCGCAACACCACGCCUUCGACCGCGCGACACUCUGAUCAUGGCCUCGCGAAAGCCCAAGCCGCCCCAAAACCCACCGCCAGUCCAAGCAUCAGACUAUGAAACUGACGCGCCCGCUCUUCUCGACCUCCCAACCCCACCACCGCGCUCCAACGACGAGCUUAACCUCUCCGUUAUACGCCGCCACAAUCCUGCAGUUGCAGAAAUUCUCUCCAUCGCACCCUAUGCUGUUGUCUACCUCUUCUCGGGCACCACCCAGCAGUGGGAAAAGUGCGGCAUCGAAGGCACGCUGUUCAUUUGCCAGCUCACCGAGAGCCCUACUGGCGCACAGCGAUACUGCGUCACAAUCCUCAAUCGCCGCGGUCUCGACAAUUUCUACACAGAGCUGCUGAGCGGCGACGAUGUUGAGAAUACGGAGGACUACAUAAUUCUUCAAGUUACUACCGACGACGCCCCCAAGAUAUACGGGCUCUGGAUAUUCUCGGAGCCACCGCCCUCUUCCACCGCGAACAUGAGGACCAUGACGGCGCAGCUCAUAGAGCAGUGUGCGACUGAAGCGGAGAAGAGUAGGAAGCGGAUAGAGAUGCGAGGGGGUGGUCCCACAAUCCCACGCGAGGAGGAAGAGACCGCAGACGAGGAGGAAGAAAGCGUGCCUAUGGGCCGGCAGCUGUCUUUAAGAGAGCUCUUCGGCCAGCAGAGAGCACAGGACUCAGGUUGGAGCAUCCAAAAUCACCACAGUCCAGUAACGAAGUCUGGACCAUUCGGUUCCACACCGGACACCGACUUCUUCAGGUCCAACGCAAGCUACGUUUCCGAACCUCACACUCAACCAAAGCCAGGGCAGUCGGUGGACCUCCUGGGUCAGUUGCUCCAAAAGACGAAGCAUGGAUAUAACGGAAAUGGAUGAACUGGCUGUUGAGUCCGGGACAAGUUACCAUCAACCAAUCAUGCUUAUCACAAAACACCAGCACAUUUGAGGUCGAAGGACAGAGGCCAGAUACGCCCCAUUGGAUUGCUUUGGUUGACUAUUACUUCAGUGCAAACGACCUCCGCUGGUACAACACAUAUUAUACCUUCACGAGGACUAGGAGUGGUGUGCAUAGCGAACUGAAGAAACCGCACUACUACGGCCAAUACCAUAUCAUUUGCGGUAGUCCACUGGUAGAGUGAGACCUCUAAGAGGCUAGGAAUACAAGCAUAAGUUCCUAGUGCCUUUUCGUUCUCGUUCAGUACAUGAUGCUUUUGUUCCCCACGCUGUGACCUUCACUUGUGCAGAUCGACGUCUUGUUUGUCCCCACGUAUAAUAUCGCGAACGUAUACUGCUACUUUUUCUGCUACUGGAACGCUAUGCC